AUGGGGAUGCAGCUGGAGGUUCUUUUGCUGGUGAUCAUGUGUCUGACUGUUUGUGCUUUGUCAGUUCUUGGAUCUCCAGUACCAGUUGCACCAUCACCGAGGAGAUUGCCUCAAAUGCCCCCUACUGUUUACCCAAUCAGCGCAAGCCAACGGCCAUCCAUGCAACCAGCUCCUGCCUUCUCUUCAAAGCAAGCUCCUUCCAACCUCAGUGGGAGAAGACAUAGAAAUCAAGGAGUCACACCUACUUACAAAGCGUCCCACAUUUCAUCAUCUUUGGAUCAAUCUCCAACCAAAGCCCCUCAUCCACAUCAUGCCAUUAGGCCUUCAAGUAUUGCACUCGCACCUUCUCUCUCAUCUUUUGGAACUCCUGCAAACAAAUGGGUUCAUCAACCUGCAUAUUCUCCUUCAAUCUCAAAUCACAGACACCAUGGUCGUGGAAGGAACCAUGUCAAAAUUCCUGAACCAUCCUACUUGAUUCCUCCCUCUGCAUAUAACCAUCUUGGCCCCUCUGCCUCUCCAUCUCCAUCAAUGAGCUGGGGUUCUCCUGUACCUGCCUUGUCACCAGCAAGCAAUUUUAACAUGCGCACUCAUCCACCUACAAUGUCUCCUCUAGAUUCAUCCUCGAAGAAGAUGAAGGCUCCACCACCAUUACAGAUUCUGAAUCUGCCACCUCCACCUCCUAAUGAAGAUUGUACGUCUCUAACGUGCACUGAUCCAUUAACAUAUACGCCUGCUGGAUCACCUUGCGGAUGUGUGUGGCCAAUUCAAGUUCAACUCCGUUUUAGUGUCGCAAUAUUCACAUUCUUCACUUUGGUUACUGAGCUAGCCGAGGAAAUUUCAGCAAGUGUUGAACUAAACCACAGCCAAGUCCGCAUCAUGGGAGCAAAUGCAGCUAGUCAGGAGCUAGAGAAAAGCACUGUUCUCAUCAACCUUGUUCCACGAGGUGUAAAAUUUAAUGAUUCUUCUGCAUUUGCAAUCUACAAGAAAUUUUGGAACAGACAGGUUCUCAUAAAGCCUUCCCUCUUUGGUGCCUACGAAGUAUUAUACGUCCACUAUCCAGGUCUUCCACCCUCUCCACCUUCUCCUGUGAGCAUUUCUACUGGAGAUGAUGGACCACAUACUGGCCAUGAUAACAAUAGAACGACAAAUAAGCCUUUCGCAGUUUAUGUGCACAGGAGAAAAAAACAUGGGCUUGGUGGAAGCAUGAUAGCUGUAAUAGUUCUCUCUUCUUUCACUGUCUUGGUUAUAUGUAUGGCAAUUGCUUGGCUUUUGCAGUUGAAAUGUGGAACUCAGGUUCAUGAAUCUCAACAAGUUCCACAAGAAUUAGUGUCCUCACCAGUAAAAGCAUCAGGGACUACUGGGCCUGUUAUUUUUGGAAGUAUGCCCAGUUCUGAAUCUGUCUCCCUUAGCUCUGGGGCAAUGACAUAUACGGGAUCUGCAAAGACAUACACUUUGAAUGACAUAGAGAGAGCCACCAAUAGCUUUGAUGCUUCAAGAAUCCUUGGAGAAGGUGGGUUUGGGCUUGUCUAUAGUGGCUUGUUAGAUGAUGGAAGGGAAGUGGCUGUGAAGAUCUUAAAGAGAGAUGACCAGCAUGGUGGCCGUGAGUUCUUGGCAGAAGUUGAGAUGCUCAGCCGUCUGCAUCACAGGAACCUAGUUAAAUUGAUUGGUAUUUGCACAGAGGGCCAUACCCGUUGCCUAGUGUAUGAACUUAUUCCAAAUGGAAGUGUUGAAUCGCAUUUACAUGGAGUUGACAAGGAAACAGGUCCACUUGACUGGGAUUACCGGAUGAAGAUUGCCCUCGGUGCAGCUCGCGGCCUAGCAUAUUUGCACGAAGACUCAAGCCCUCGUGUUAUACAUCGAGACUUCAAAUCUAGCAACAUACUGCUGGAACAUGAUUUUACACCUAAAGUUUCAGAUUUUGGUUUGGCUAGGGCAGCAGUGGAUGAGGGAAAUAAACAUAUAUCAACGCAUGUUAUGGGAACUUUUGGUUAUUUGGCACCAGAAUAUGCAAUGACGGGUCAUCUUCUUGUGAAGAGUGAUGUUUACAGCUAUGGUGUAGUCCUCCUUGAGCUCUUAACUGGAAGAAAACCCGUAGAUUUGUCUCAACCACCAGGUCAAGAAAAUCUUGUUGCUUACGCUCGUCCGCUUCUCACAUGCAAGGAGGGUUUAGAAGUGAUAAUAGACCCAGCUAUGAAGUCCUCUGUCUCAUUUGAUACCAUUGCCAAAGUAGCAGCAAUUGCAUCAAUGUGUGUGCAGCCAGAAGUUUCUCACCGUCCUUUUAUGGGUGAAGUAGUUCAGGCCUUGAAGCUUGUUUGCAAUGAGUUUGAUGAAGCAAAAGUGCAGAGGUCAAGAAGUUGCAGCCACGAGGAUCUUAUGAUUGAUUUAGAUAGAAAGGAUGAAAAAGUUGCAGGUGAGAUCAUAGAAAGUUCACAUCCCCAUCACCCUGUACCAUUAUCGACAUCUGAUUUGUUGACGACAUCUACGGGACUUGAGGGUCAAGAAUUUGGGUCCUUUAGGAGACCUUCUAGUUCAGGGCCUUUGAGAACAGGAAGAAGAAGGCAGUUCUGGCAGAGAUUAAAAAGUUUGUCCACAGGUAGUAUGAGUGAGCAUGGAGUUUCUCUUAAAUUAUGGCCGUGA